GAAAAGCCCACUAGAAAUCCAUAUUAAAAUGAAGCCUUAGCUUCCAUCUUCAACAUUGUUUCAUCAUUUUUCAUUCGACCAAAAAAACAGUGUUCAAACUUUGUCACCUGUCUUGUCCUAUCAAUUACAAAAAGUUCCAAACUUCACUUUUCUAAAUUCAUAAUCACUGACAAAGUGAUUCUGCUACUGGGUUUGUUCAAUGUGUAACAUACACUGUUAAAGUUCAAAUUUUGAGUAAUUGUUUAUGUGAAUUUUGUUGUCACUCUCACAACUAAGAUCACACACACCCUUUGUGUUUUCUUGCAGUUUUGCAAUGGCUGAGGAGAAAGAGGCUUUCUAUGUUGUAAAGAAAGGGAAUGUUGUUGGCAUCUACAAGUCUUUCUCUGAUAUUCAACCUUUACUUUCAUCUUCUCAGGUUUCUGGUGAAGGUGUAAGUGUUUAUAAAGGGUACUCUUUACCUCAAAAAACUGAGGAGUAUCUUGUCUCACAUGGCCUUAAGGGAGCCACUUACUCUAUCAGUGCAGCUCAUGUAAAUGCCGGUAGUUUUGGACAACUUGUUGCUUGUCCUUAUCAGGAUCCAUAUUCUUCUGAUGGAGGAACUGUUAUGGCGAAUUCCUCUUCAAAGAACUUGCAAGGUGCCAUGCAAGUUGAUGCUAGUAAGGGAGUUGGAUCAUCUUCAUUUUCAACAAAUUUUCAAAGGAAUCAUAUACUAAACGGAUUACAAGCAGAGUUCUCUACAAAUACAUGUCUUUCCUGUACCCUUUACUUUGAUGGUGCAUCCAAAGGAAAUCCUGGACCGUCCGGUGCUGGAGCUAUACUGCGUGCAGAAGAUGGGAAGGUGUAUCGAUUGCGUGAAGGAGUUGGUAUUCAAACAAAUAAUGUUGCUGAAUAUCGAGCAUUAAUUUUAGGAUUGAAACAAGCAAUCAAGAAAGGAUAUAAGCAUAUCCAUGUUCAAGGAGACUCGUUGCUUGUCUGCAAUCAGAUUCAGGGUUUAUGGAAAGUAAACAACCCAAAUAUGGGUUACUUAUGCAAUGAGGCCAAGUUGCUGAAGGAUAAGUUUCUUUCAUUCAAGAUCAAUCAUAUUCCUAGGGAAUAUAACUCUCAAGCUGAUAUUCAAGCGAACCGCGCCGUAAGUCUCCAAGCUGGUCAAGUUGAAGAAGAUUGUGAUUCUAAUUAAUGUUCAACUAACAGCAUGGUCUAACAAAGGGAUAUGAUUGUGAGGGAAUGGAGACAAAUAUCUUGGGCUGAAGAAGGUUAUUGGGCUUAAUAGACCCAAAAGUAGCUACACACUAGACGAGUAUACAAAAUUGUAAGAUAUAUCAAAAUUAAUGAUUUGGCAAGAAACUUUGGAUAGAUAAAUAGAUAGAUAUUGUGAAGUGGCAACUUGUUCAAUAAAAAAAUGGCAACGCUACUUUCAUCUUCAUCUCUUCAAUCAAUUCGUCUCUCUUCUUUUACACUCUCUACUUCUCAUUCUCUUCCAUUUUGCACUUUUCAUCGCCACUCUCGAAUUUCACCUUUCAAGGCACUUUCAAUCAACAAGAACCGUACUUUACUUGUGGCCAAGGCAGUGGAAGAUGAAACCCAACAACAA